UUGGGCCAGCACCGCAUAGCCCGUAGGAUCGACGAGUGUCACAUUUCUGGGAGACGGAGAGAGAUGAGGGCCGUGGAGCUGUUGCUGGUCCUGCUGCUCUCUGUCGAGCCAUGGCGAGGCGGCGGCGGUCCGGCGGCGGCUCGCGCUCUCAGCUACACCAGGGCGGACUUUCCCCGGGACUUCGUCUUCGGGGCCGGCACGUCGGCCUACCAGUACGAAGGGGCGACGGAUGAGGACGGAAGAAGCCCAAGCAUCUGGGACACUUUUACUCAUGCAGGGAAAAUGCCAGACAAGAGCACCGGCGAUUUGGCCGCAGACGGCUACCACAGAUACAAGGAGGAUGUGGAGUUGAUGAGCGAGACUGGCCUGGAGGCCUACCGGUUCUCCAUUUCUUGGUCUAGGCUCAUUCCAAGAGGAAGAGGACCCGUCAAUCCCAAGGGGCUGGAGUAUUACAACAACCUGAUAAACGAGCUAACAAAACGAGGAAUCCAGAUACAUGUGACUCUGUACCACCUUGAUUUCCCUCAGAUCCUGGAAGACGAGUACCAUGGCUGGCUGAGCCCCAGGGUCGUGGAUGACUUCACGGCGUUCGCGGAUACGUGCUUCCGGGAGUUCGGCGACCGGGUGCAGCACUGGACCACCAUGGACGAGCCCAACGUGAUCUCCGUUGCUGCCUACGACAGCGGCGCCUUCCCGCCGUGCCGCUGCUCAGCGCCCUUCGGAGUCAACUGCACGGCGGGGAACUCCACCGUGGAGCCCUACACCGUGGCGCACAACUCCAUCCUUGCCCACGCUUCCGCCGUCAGGCUCUACAAGGAAAAGUACCAGGCCACGCAGAAGGGCGUCGUCGGCAUGAACGUCUACAGUUUCUGGAACUACCCCUUCUCCUCCAGCCCCGCCGACAUCACCGCCACCCAGAGAUCGCUCGACUUCAUGAUCGGCUGGAUCUUGGACCCCUUGGUAUAUGGAGACUAUCCUGAGAUCAUGAAGAAGAAAGUUGGAUCACGGCUUCCAUCAUUCACAAAAGAACAGUCCGAGCUAAUCCGUGGAGCCAUCGAUUUCGUCGGUAUAAACCACUACACGUCGGUGUACGUGAGCGACAGGAAGAGCAGCGCCGACACCAGCCUCCGGGACUACAAUGCCGAUAUGUCGGCCACCUUCAGAAAGUCAAGGAAUGAUAGUGGUACUGGUCAGUUUAUCCCUAUCAACAUGCCGAAUGAUCCGGAAGGGCUGCAGUGUAUGCUCAAGUACCUCACAGACAGAUACCCGAGCAUUCCUAUCUACGUGCAAGAAAAUGGCUAUGGACAGCUCUUGGUCGACUCGGUUAAUGAUCAUAACAGAGUGGAGUACUUGAGUGGCUACAUCGGCAGCACGCUGGAUGCACUCAGGAACGGAGCCAACGUAAAGGGCUACUUUGUUUGGUCAUUCAUGGAUGUGUUCGAGCUACUAGCGGGCAAUUAUUUGCGAUACGGACUGCACUACAUCGACUUCCAGGAUCCUGGGCUGGCAAGGCAGCCAAAGCUCUCUGCCAAGUGGUACUCCAAGUUCUUGAGGAGUGAAAUUGGGAUAAACUUAGAGAACAUGGUUAGUCCCAAUGCAAGGUCACAUGCUCAGGAAUGAGGUUAACUAGCACUCUAGCAGUGCAUAGAGAUCAGGUUGGAGUGGCUAUAAAAACAAGCAAAAGAUCAGACCGUUGCUUAUAGCUUUUCUUGUUCAUUUUACAAAGGAUAUUUGUUCGUCUUUCUUGAUCAUGGCUCACCAUCUUA